AUGAGGCCAAGGACGAAAAGGGCUGGACGGCGCAAUGCGUCACCAGUUUUGCACCUGGCCACCACUGAGCCCCACCUCGAGGACCAAUUGGCGUCGAGCGAUUGGAUGCAGAAUCGCCUCUUGCUGGCUUUUAGUGUCGUCGUUUUUGUGCUCGCCGUCUUCACAAUGUCCCACAACGUUGCCGACAACACCCAGCAACCGGAACAAGACCAGGGUGCGGAGGGGCUUUUAUACGGGCCAGAUGGUCCUCGUCCUGUUCAACACGACCAGCGUACAGACAACCAGCAAGCAAAGACGGAGCGACAACCCACAAACGUCGAGCAGCCACACCGGGGACGGUUCCCGCCUCCGACAAAGGAACAGCUCCGCCUUGCAGCACACAAAGGCUCUGGUGGUGGAGCUAGGCUGCCGGUGAUGCCGCCAGCAACAGAAUGA